GGGCACCAGCCAGCGGCGCGCAUGGAUUUAUGAAAACACUCAUGCAAGAAGUUGGCAGGACUGGGGCAAACUUUUCCGCCGGCUCCGCGUCCGCCGCUCCCCGCGCCUCGUGUCCUUUCCGCUCCUCGCCCGGCGGCCGCCGCUGCCCGCGAUGGUGGCAGGGCUGCUGGGCGGCGGCGGCGGGGCCCGCGGGGGGACCGUGCCGGGCGCCUGGCUGUGCCUGAUGGCGCUGCUGCAGCUGCUGGGCUCGGCGCCGCGGGGCUCCGGGCUGGCGCACGGCCGCCGCCUCAUCUGCUGGCAGGCGCUGCUGCAGUGCCAGGGGGAGCCGGAGUGCAGCUACGCCUACAACCAGUACGCCGAGGCGUGCGCGCCGGUGUUGGCGCAGCGCAGCGGGGGCGACGCGCCGGGGGCCGCCGCCGCCGCCGCCGCCGCCUUCCCGGCCUCCGCCGCGUCCUUCUCGUCGCGCUGGCGCUGCCCGAGCCACUGCAUCUCGGCCCUUAUUCAGCUCAACCACACGCGCCGCGGGCCCGCCUUGGAGGACUGUGACUGCGCGCAAGACGAGAACUGCAAGUCCACCAAGCGCGCCAUUGAGCCGUGCCUGCCCCGGACGAGCGGCGGUGGCGCGGGCGGCCCGGGCGCGGGCGGGGUCAUGGGCUGCACCGAGGCCCGGCGGCGCUGCGACCGCGACAGCCGCUGCAACCUGGCGCUCAGCCGCUACCUGACCUACUGCGGGAAGCUCUUCAACGGGCUGCGCUGCACCGACGAGUGCCGCACGGUCAUCGAGGACAUGCUGGCCGUACCCAAGGCGGCGCUGCUCAACGACUGUGUGUGCGACGGCCUGGAGCGGCCCAUCUGCGAGUCGGUCAAAGAGAACAUGGCCCGCCUGUGCUUCGGCGCCGAGCUGGGCAACGGCCCGGGCAGCAGCGGCUCGGACGGGGGCCUGGACGACUACUACGACGAGGAGUACGACGACGAGCAGCGCGCCGGGGGCGCGGGCGGCGAGCAGCCGCUGGACGACGACGACGGCGUCCCGCACCCUCCGCGCCCGGGCGGCGGCGCUGCUGCGGCGGGCGGCCGCGGGGACCUGCCAUACGGGUCCGGGCGCAGGAGCAGCAGCAGCGGCUGCCGCUCGGCGCCCCGAGGCGCGUGGACCCCGCUCGCCUCCAUCUUGCUGCUGCUGCUGCUCCCGCUGCUCUUUUAACCCUCGCGCCCCCCCGCCGUCGGCCACGGGAGGGUCGGCGCCGGGGCACCUGUGACUCGGGAACAGACGGGUGGUCGGGGGUAUUUUCCAAAACGUUUUCUAGGUGGUUUCUGCCUAGCCGGUCUCCCCGCCUUGACUCUUGGCACGACCCUCGCCUCCUCUCCCGAGCAGGACUUUUUGGACAUCCUCCCCUGCCCCCAUUCCGGGUUCCAGACACUCCCCGCAGAAACCAGCCUAACUCCGGACCCCCGACAUGAAACGGGCCUGGGGGGACAGAACCGUAGUCCUGGACUCCGAGAGAGGAUGCUGACCAGUGGGGUCUUAAGAGUUUCAAGGGACUGGGUUUGGAGCAGGGGUUUUGAAGGAGGAUUUAUAUUUGCAAAGGGGCUGUUUAUUAGCGUUUCUCCUGCGAAGGGGGGAAAAAGUGCAGGUAAUCGACUUUUAUUGUGGCCAGUGAAGACGUUGCAGUCGUAACCGAUUCAUUCGUUUAGUCUUGGUAUCCGCGCCCAGAAUCCUG